AUGAGUCGAAACUGCAGCAGCGGGGGCCCCUUUUUAAUUCGAAAUGACAGAGUCAAAGAGCUGCAGCAAAUGUACUUUCUCUUUUCCAAAGUGCAGGGCGCGCUGGCGGAGCUGCGCGACGUCUUCAAGCAAGUCAUGCAGCAACAGGGAAACGCGUUGCUGGCGGACAGUUCUCUGGCGAAAGACCCAAAUGCAUUUGUGACUUCUUUUUUGAAUUUGAAACAAAAGUUUUCAAAAAUAAUCAAAGAGGCUUUUGCAGAAGACCCCGAAAUGCAUGCAGCCAUGAAAACAGCGUUUGAGGGUUUCUGGGGCGGAGACAGCCGGUCUGCGGGGUACUUGGCGCUGUUUGUGGACGGCUUUAUGCGUCGGACUUUUCGAAAUUUAAAUUCCGACGAAGUUCAAAUUUCUUUCCAACACUUUUUGGCUCUUUUUCGUUUUCUCAGAGACAAAGAUGUCUUCGCAGCUCACUACAAAUCUCUGCUGGCGAGGCGGCUGCUGCAGAGCCGUUCGGGAAACCUGGACACAGAAAAGCUUUUUGUGGCGAAGCUGAGUGCAGAAUGUGGGCAGCAGUACACGAGCAAGCUGGAGUCGAUGUUUCGGGAUUUGUUUGUUGCAAAACAAAUCAAAGAAGCUUACGCGAGACACUGUCUUUAUGCCAACAAAACUCCCACCAAUCCCCACUGGUACUAUGCGAACUUCUUUGGGGUAGACGCACAGCCCACUGCUGCAGCAAGCAGCAGCAGCAGCAGCAGCAGCAGCAGCAGCAGCAGCAACAACAGGUCUGCGGACAUUGGCGGCAGCGGCCACGGAAUUAUAGGGACCGCCGCCGAGGGACCCGCAGCAGCAGCAGCAGCAGCAGCAGCAGCAGCAAGCUCGGGUUACUGCUCGGCGGGCCACCCCUCGGACCUGCAGAGCGCAGCAGCAGGAGCCACCGCAGCAGCAGCAGCAGCAGCAGCAGGCGACCCUCCUGCGGGGUACCACGGGCUGCGGGCGUCAAGUGUCUGUACACCUGAAUUUGAAUGCACAGUGCUGACGCAUGCAACCUGGGCAGCAGCAGCAGAACCUCUGACCAAUUUGCUGCUGCUGCCGCCGCUGCUGCGGCCCUGCGUGGAUUCUUUUGUCUCCUUUUACCUCAGCAGACACUCCGGCAGGGUCCUCAAGUUCAUUCUCGAAGAGGGGCGCGCAGUGCUGCGGGGCUGCUUCGCGUUGGGGCCUCACGAAAUAAAUUGUUCAACUUUGCAAAUGUGCAUUUUAUAUUUAUUUAAUUACAAUAACUCUUUGACAGCAAAAGAAACACUUGAAAAGCUCGACGCAGCAGCAGCAGCAGCAGCAGCAGAUCCCGCUGCAGCAGCAGCAGCGCCUGCUGCAGUAGCAGAAAUCAAACGGCAUUUGCUUUCCCUCUGCACCUCCAAGUGCAGAAUUUUGAACCGGCGCCGUAGUGACGGCCAAAUGCCCACAAAGGAGCUUCAGGAUGAAGACAUUUUAGAAGUCAAUUCCGACUUCCACUCGCCCCACUUUUGCGUCAAAGUUCCUCUUCUUUCUCCCUUUUCCUCCGGCCUCCAACUCGAGCUCCAGGCGGGCCCGGACGUCCCCGCCAGUGUCGAGCUCGACAGAAACCAUUUGGUAGAAGCAGCAAUAGUGAGGGCCCUGAAGAGCAAGCAGCAAAUGCUGCAUGCGGAUUUGGUGGCUGAGGUGUCUGUACACCUCGCGCCCCGCUUCGCGCCCUCCGCCGCUCUCAUUAAAAACAGAAUUGAAGCUUUAAUAGAAAGAGAAUACAUCCAAAGAGGGCCCAAAGACAUGCGGAUGUACACCUACGUGGCGUAG